GCAGGCUCGGCCAUCCGAGGAGUUCGUCAUAGCGGAGCGACGCCUGGGAUGCUGUUGGCGGUCGCGGCCCGGCCUGGUGUCAUGGCGGCGGCGGCGGCAACAGCCCCCAGCCCGCCCCAGCCCGGCGGACACGCUCCGGAGAUCGGCGCCGACCCUACGGCCUCGGAGGUGGCGAGCAGCGCUCUGCGCUGCCUGGCCGGGCUGGCGGGGCAACUUAACCUUGAGGAUGAUAUCGUGAAAGUUGUAAUCGAUUGGAGCAAGCUUCAAAGCACAUCAGCGCUUCAGCCAACGUUGCUCUUCAGUGCACUUCAGCAGCAUAUUUCAUGUUUGCAGCCUCUUUUAGAAAAACUCCAGUCUUUGAUUAAAGAGGAAAAUAUAGGCCAUGUUGAACCUGCAGGUAAAACAGGCAAUCAAACUUGUGAAACAAGUUUAGGUGUUUAUGAUGGUAACGGUCAAACUGAAGAAAAGUAUGCAAGUUAUGAUUUGGGAGACCUGAAGGAAGCUCAUAUUAAUUUUGACCCAGAGGUGGUCCAAAUAAAAGCUGGAAAAGCAGAAAUUGACAGGCGGAUAUCAGCCUUCAUCGAGAGGAAACAAGCUGAGAUCAAUGAAAAUAAUGUCAGGGAAUUUUGCAAUGUUAUUGAUUGUAAUCAAGAAAACAGCUGUGCCAGAACAGAUGCAAUUUUCACACCCUAUCCUGGAUUUAAAAGCCAUAUAAAGGUUUCUAGGGUAGUAAAUACAUAUGGUCCUCAGACUAGAUCUGAAGGAAUACAUGGGUCCAGUCACAAAGCCAGUGUCCCCAUUCAUGAUUGUGGAAACCAAGCUGUUGAGGAGAGAUUGCAAAACAUUGAAGCACACUUACGGUUACAGACAGGUGGUCCUGUACCAAGAGACAUUUAUCAGAGAAUUAAGAAACUUGAAGAUAAAAUCCUUGAGCUAGAAGGACUGUCUCCUGAAUAUUUUCAAUCUGUGAGUUGUUCUGGCAAGAGGAGAAAGAUUCAACCUCCUCACCAGAAUUAUUCAUUGGCUGAACUUGAUGAAAAGAUCAAUGCCAUAAAACAGGCAUUACUGAGGAAGACAAAAGAGAGCAAGUCCAAGGAGGCUGAGCAGCUUCUUCGAUAAAAAAAAAGUAUUUUCAGAAUCCUCAUUGUGCUUUACACAUACCUAAACCAUAGACUUGAGUAGUGUUGAUCGGCGAUGACUUCAGCAAUGAAAGCAAAGCAUGCUUAUAACCUCCUUUUGGAUGAUCUUGAAAGCUUUGUUUCGGAAGAGCUCAUUUAAAAACUGUCUUGUUAAUUAAGUAGUUACUGUAAAAUGAAGAAUGUUUUAGGAAUAGCAUUCUAAUCCAUUCCCUUCUGUUAUAAAGGAGGAUUGCAGCAUUGUUCAUAUGUGGAAAGUUGUAAUCCACAUAAAAAAAGCUACAUUUCACAUCUAAUUCUUGAUGAUUGGAUAUUCAAAAGGGGUAUCUUUUGAAUACUUUCCAUGUAAGUAGUUUGCAUAGACUUGUGAAAUACAACUAAAUACUCAUAAACAAACUUAGGAAAAU